AUGCGGCUUACUACCAUCGCUUUGGUGACUGGAGCCCUGGGCUCUGCCUACGCUGCUCCCUCUCAGCCGGCCUCUAGUAAGCCCCAUGGCUCAGUCAGGAAUAUCCAAGUUGGUGUCCGCCCGGAUUAUCUCGUUAGCCUGAUGGACGAUAGUCCGCUUAAGCAGAAGCUUCAAUCCUGCUCUGAGAAACGGCUACACAGAACAGACUUCUCGAUAAGCCACCGCGGGGCGCCAUUGCAGUUCCCAGAGCAUACCAAGGAGGGUCUGUACGCCGCUGCCCGCAUGGGCGCAGGGAUUCUCGAGUGCGAUGUCGCCUUUACCAAGGACCGUCAACUCGUCUGCCGACACUCCCAAUGCGACCUCCACACGACCACCAACGUCCUCACCAUUCCUGAACUCGCCAAAAAGUGCACAAAACCGUUCACGCCUGCGAAGGAUGGAAAGCCUGCCAGCGCAAAAUGCUGUACGAGCGACUUCGCCCUCGCCGAAUUCAAAACCCUCUGCGGCAAGAUGGACUCCUCCGACAAGACUGCUCAGACACCGGAAGAAUUCCUCGGCGGCACCCCCGAAUGGAGGACGACCCUAUACGCUCAAUCCUGUGGCACUCUCCUCAGCCACAAGGAAUACAUUCAAAUCACCAAUUCCCUAGGCCUCAAGUUCACCCCAGAACUCAAGACUCCACAGGUUCCAAUGCCCUUUGAAGGGGACUAUACGCAGGAACAAUACGCGCAGCAAUUGAUCGAUGAAUACAAAGCCGCCCGCAUUCACCCUAGCCGUGUCUUCGCGCAGUCAUUCCUGCCGGACGACAUCUUCUACUGGCUCCGUCACGAGCCCGCGUUUGGCAAGCAAGCCGCCUACCUGGACAACCGCGUUGACUCACCUUCCGGACUCAAGCAGGCUAUCGCGGACAUGCCAGCCCUUGCCCAAAAGGGCGUCAGAAUUCUAGCACCUCCAAUCUGGGCCCUGCUCUCGACGGACUCACAGAAUCGCAUUACACCGUCCGAGUACGCAAAAGCAGCCAAGAAGGCGGGCAUUCAAUUGAUUACGUGGUCGCUGGAACGCUCGGGUCCGUUGAAGGACGUUGCUGCAAACAAUGAGUACUAUUACAAAUCCGUGCUGUCGGCAGUGAAGGAUGAUGGUGAUAUGUAUGAGGUCGUGGAUGUUUUGGCGAGGCAAGUCGGAGUCAUUGGAAUAUUUUCGGACUGGCCCGCCACGGUGACAUAUUAUGCGAAUUGUUUUAGAUUGUAA